CCAGACAUUGGCUGCGUCAGUAGGACUCGGCAGCGGUCGGAGAUGUGUGGCAGAUGACAGUGUGUUUUCAAAGUUGUGUGUGUGGUAUUUUGUGCAACAUCGUAUGAUAUCUUACUGACCUGUGCUGCUUCAGUUGUUCACAAUGGCUCCGACGAUGAGUAAAUUCGUAUCGAAGAAUGCCGCAGUAGGAAUUGCUUCUGCCUCAGUCAUCAUUUGGUUAAUCCAAACAAGGAAUAAAAAUCUAAGAGCGCAAAGAAACACGCAGCAAGCUCAAAUUCAAUACUUUGUUGGAGAGAAGUCAAAAAACACUGUCAAAGCCCACGUCAAUGCCGCUUUUUUUCGCCAACUUCGUGAGAUUUUAGGAAUAGUUGUACCAGGUGUAUUUAGCACAGAAUUUGGUUUCCUACUGCUUGUAGCUGCCUCAUUAAUUGCAAGAACAUAUUGUGACUUAUGGAUGAUACAGAAUGGAACCUUCAUUGAAAGCGCUAUUAUUAACAUGGAUAAGAAGAAAUUCAUUCAGAGGCUCUUAAAAUAUGUUGCAGCCAUACCUCUGAUAUCCGUCGUCAACAACAUUCUUAAGUAUGGAAUUGGAGAGCUGAAGCUGCGUUUAAGAACACGGCUAACACAUCACCUGUAUGAUCAGUACCUCAGGGGCUUUACAUAUUACAAAAUGAGUAAUCUGGAUAAUCGUAUUGCAAAUGCAGAUCAGCUCCUAACAACAGAUGUGGACAAGUUCUGUGAUACAUUUACAGACUUGUAUUCAAAUACAUGCAAACCCAUGCUGGACAUAUUUAUAUAUGUAUAUCGUCUGACAGUGUCAUUGGGGCCACAGACUCCAGUGAUGCUAAUUGCUUACCUAGUUGUAUCGGGCUUCAUUCUCACGCACCUUAGGCGACCAAUGGGCCGCAUGACAGUUACUGAACAGAAGCUUGAAGGUGAAUUCAGAUAUAUCAACUCAAGACUAAUUACAAAUUCUGAAGAAGUAGCUUUCUAUCAAGGCAAUAGUCGUGAGAAGCUUACUUUAUUGGCAUCAUUUCAAAAAUUGGUUAAUCAUAUGAGGAAGUUCUUGGAGUUCAGAGUGCUGAUGGGAACCAUUGACAAUCUUGUCGCAAAAUAUUGUGCCACAGUAGUUGGCUUUUUUGCAGUGAGCCUGCCAUUUUUGGACCGUAAUCAUCCAGAGCUCGCUAUCUGUGGAGAGCAAGAAAGAUUUAGACUGUACUACACUUAUGGGCGGAUGCUUGUAAAACUUGCUGAAGCCAUAGGACGUCUGGUUCUGGCUGGCAGAGAAAUGACAAGGUUAGCAGGCUUCACAGCAAGAGUUACAGAAAUCAUGGGUGUACUUAAAGACCUGAACCAAGGACAUUAUGAGCGUACAAUGGUCUCAGACUCUCGCAAGACUCCAGAAAGGGAUGACAAUGGUCUCAUUAAGAAUGUAAUGAAGCCUAAGAUGCCACUUAUACCAGGAUCAGGAAGAAUAAUUUUCCAGGACAAUAUUAUACGAUUUGACAGAGUGCCUUUAGUUACCCCCAAUGGAGACAUGCUUGUUGAAGAGUUAACCUUUGAAGUACGAUCAGGCAUGAAUGUUUUAGUGUGUGGUCCAAAUGGCUGUGGCAAGAGCUCACUAUUUAGGGUACUUGGUGAGCUUUGGCCACUGUUUGGAGGAACACUGACAAAGCCACCACGUGGAAAGCUCUUCUACAUACCUCAGCGGCCGUACAUGACACUGGGAACUCUACGAGAUCAAGUGAUAUACCCACACACACAAGAAGAGAUGCGGCGGAGAGGUAAAACUGACGCUGACCUAGAACGCCAUCUGGAACGUGUCCAGCUUUCAUAUCUGCUCACUCGUGAGGGUGGGUGGGAUGCUAUUGCUGACUGGAUUGAUGUGCUCUCAGGAGGAGAGAAACAGAGAAUUGCGAUGGCUCGUCUUUUCUAUCAUGCUCCCCAAUUUGCCAUACUGGAUGAGUGCACAUCAGCUGUCAGUGUGGAUGUUGAAGGAUCUAUGUACCGGUAUUGCAGAGAAACUGGCAUCACACUGUUUACUGUUAGCCACAGGAAAUCGCUCUGGCAGCACCAUGAGUAUUACUUACACAUGGAUGGCAGAGGAUCGUUUGAAUUUAAGCCAAUUGAAGAGGAUACACAAGAAUUUGGGUCAUGAAAGGAUGCACCAAACUGGUGAUGAAACGUUUUGACCUGGUUUGGAUGUGUAACUUUGGAUACAAAGAGUGCCAAUAGGAAACUAUGCAAAGGAAAAACUCUGUUACAGAAAUUACUUAAUUGUGUCUACUUCACUUUCAUCUGUUGGAGAACUGAACCUGAUCAAAAUAAAAAAAAUAGCUUGGGUAAAAUAACUCUCAACAGCUGUUUAACUGUUGCCUUCUAUAUCAGUCUUCAUUCAGCAGUAUCUUGGAUAGUUGUUUUGCUUGGAAGAACUGGCAUAAUUGUGAAUCCCUUUAAUGAUAGAAUCAUCGUGCUAUAAAUUCAUUGUUAAUGAGGAAACUAAUAAGUAUUAUGGAGUGAAAGGUUUCGUUCAGCUGACUGAUAACACUAAAACAAAGAUAGUACAACAUAUUUACAAUAUGGAACAAAUGUUUCUAAACUUUUAGAAUGUACAAGAAAAAAUUCUUGAGGAACAAGAAGUGAGCUCAUUACGUAUGUUGUUGGGACAGUAUACUUUGAACAUGGGCGUGCAGAUGGACAGAAAGGUGUCAACAGGAUCAGCUCUUCUCAUUUGUAAUUGUAGCCAUCUUUCUUGCCAUAUUUUUUUUUUAAAUGAGAAGAAAAGAGAAAAGGAUACUUUCAGAGUGAAAAUGCAUUUUCAGUGCUCAGUUCAGUUUUAAUACACAUUGUAUAACUGAAGCUCUCCUCUUUCUGAUUUCCUGUUCUAUUUGUAACAUUGCUACAGUAUUUUCCUGUUGUGCUAAUUGAACUUGAAGAAUAUUCUCCUUGGCAGAGGGAUGGUGAUAGGGGAAUGUCAAGGUAUAGUAAAUAGAAGAGAACAGAAGCUGUAGGAGUUUACCUUUGAAACAGUUAAUGAUUGGUAAAAUAAGUUGUAUUAACUAUCACAAUUGAGAAACAUUAUGUACUGUGUUACAUUCAUUCCUCAAGGUUUAUUUUGUAAUACAUACAU